AUGGACAGCCUGGCCAGUGCCCUGCGCCUGCGCCCCUUCUGCCUGGUGAGGAAGAAGCACAGACGCCACCUGUGGCCUUGGGACGCCCCCCUCAUCCCCACGGACUUCUCCCUCGUGGAUGCACUGGAGCCCGGCUCCCCCAUCCCGGCCUGGACCUCUCUCCCCGCCGAGGUGAGCCGCAGCGAACCCAUCCACCUCCGGGAGAUGGUGGCAGGGGCCGUGACGGGGGGCGUGAGCGUGGGCACCGGGCUGCAGGGGAGCGUGGCGGGGAGCGGCGUGGUGAGCCACAGCUCUGCCCUGGCUGUGCAGACCCUCAGGGCUCCCCCCAACACCUGGGAGACGCUGGUGGAGAAGAGGCCGGCGGACAGGCCAGCCGCCCGCCGUCCCCCCCUCCGCUGCCUGCGGCAACACAGAGUCCAGGCUGCCCGCUUCGAAAGGCCCCUGCGCGGGGGAGCCCUGGAGAGCAGCCCCACCAGCUCUGCCUCUCCUCCUGCCCACACCCCGCGCGCCCGGCAGGAGACCGAGCACUCCGAGGCCCUCGUUCCUCAGGGAGCUGCAGAGCCGCAAGGAGAGGGAGAGCCUGCGUGUGGCGACAAGGCCGUGGAGGCCGCAGAGGACGCCACGCUUCAGAGCCUCAGCCGAGGAGACGGAGCGGGGCGGCUGUCACUCCUCCGGCCCAGCCGUUUCAAGCUCCAGGGUCAGAGCACCAUGGCCAAAGAGAAGACGGUGGCCAUCCCACGGGGCACAGUCUUGGCCUACAGCGUGCUGCAGCUGGUGAUGGAGGAGGACCGCUGGGCUGUGCUGUACCUGCCUGAAGGAAAGCUCUGGAGAGACAGCAGCGGAGUCACCCCGUGUCACUCGGGCAGGGAGGGCCGUGUGCUCUCUCCCCAGUGGGAAGGAGAUGAGCUGGAAAAACCAGGACCAGGCUGUGGAGAGAAGGAUGGCACGGCCUCUGGCCGGGCCCCAGGUGAGGAGCCUGACUUCCGGGGCCUGCAGAGGCAGGCUAGGGCCCAGUUGCAGGACCUGGCCACGCUGCCCCCAGAGCUGCGGGACCCGCUGCUGGGCGCCCUCCAAGAGCUGCUCCAGGACCCUUGGGCACUGCAGGAGCUCGAGGACACACUGGAACAGGCCCUGGACACUGGGGUGCUGGGACAGCUGGGUGGCCCUGGGGGCCUCCUCCUAAUCAUCCUCCGGGACCCCUCAGGCAGCCUGUCACCCUCGAAAGGCAGGGCCAUCCUCUGCAUUCUUGGAGCGCUAGCAGACCUGAGCAGCCUCUGCCGGGUGGGCUACACCCAGGUUUAUUCACAGAUGGCGUUGGACUCCUCCCUUGCACCCGGCCGUCUGCUAGGGCCCGAGAGCACGGAGGGAAGAGGCAGCCCUGUCCGUCACAGGCUGCUCAAGGGGACACUCCAACAGGUGGCGAGCAUCUUAGAGCCAGACUUCAACCAGAUGGAGGAAACAACCUUCUCCCUCCCACCGGCCGUGCUCUCGUCCCUGCAGAGUGAGGAUGUGGCCCUCACCCGGAGCCUGGUGGAGGGCUGGCUGCAGCUGCUGGCCGGCCCCGGCCCUGCAGCCCUCCGGGCUGAUGCCUGA